AUGGUGGACGGGGCCACGGACAACAAAGGGCCGGUCCUUGCCUGGCUUCAUGCUGUGGAGUCCUACCAGGCCACAGAGAAGGAGAUACCAGUGAAUAUAAAACUCAUCAUUGAGGGUCUGGAGGAGGUGGGCUCAUACGGUCUGUUGGAGUUGACCAGGAAGAGAAACGACAGCUUCUUUGCAGAUGUGGACUUCAUAGUGAUCUCUGACAACGUGUGGGCGAGCAGAACCCCAGCCCUGACCUAUGGAGCCAGAGGGAGCAGCUAUUUCUUUGUGGAGGUUGAUGGCCCUAAAAUGGACUUCCAUUCUGGAGUGUAUGGGGGUUCUAUCCAGGAGCCCAUGUCAGAUCUGAUAGCAUUACUGGGUGAGAUACAGAGUCUGUUAGAUCACACAGGUAAGAUCCUGGUUCCUGGGGUCACUGAUGAUGUCGCGCCCCUCACUGAGGAUGAGAGGAAGCUCUAUGACAACAUCAGCUUUGACCUGGAGGAGAUGAAAAGUAAAAUAUAUAUAUCUUUAAAAUACAAACAAAGUGUGUUAAUAUAUAUACAGGAGGAAGUCCUCAUGGCUCGAUGGCGUAACCCAUCCUUGUCCACCCAUGGGAUCCAGGGGGCCUUCUCAGAAGCAGGCACCAAAACUGUCAUCCCCAAACAGGUCACAGGGAAGUUCUCCAUCCGACAGGUCUCCAACAUGGACCCUCCAGAUGUGGAGAGGAAGGUGAAGGAGCACCUUCAGCAGGUCUUCUCCACUCUAAAAAGCCCUAACAGGCUGAGGGUGACCGCAACUGUUGGGGCUAAACCAUGGGUGGCUAACCUGAAGGACCCACAGUACGUUGCCGGACAAAGGGCAGUCAGAGAGGUGUUUGGAGUGGACCCGGAGGUUAUCCGUGAGGGCUCCACCAUCCCUAUCGCUCAGAACUUCCAGGAGGAGACAGGCAAGAGUGUGAUGAUGCUGCCCCUAGGUGGCCAUGAUGAUGGAGAGCACUCUCAGAACGAGAAGAUCAGUAGGUACAACUACAUUGAGGGGACGAYGCUGUUAGCUGCUUAUUUUUAUGAGAUCUCACUACUACAGAAGAUGCAGGAUAUAUUUCCAUCCAAGCUGUGACCAUGAUAAUUAUGCUGUAGGUGACAGUAUUGUGCUAGUUGAGUGCCUGGGUUUCCAUCAAUAAUGGCUGAUCCCAUGCUGAGACUCAACUCUCCCAGGGUUUCUCAGGGGGAGUGUGAUAUGCAAACAACACAUGUCCAUUUCACCACACAAUGAAUAGGUUACACACUUGUACAUGUGUGAAACAGGACAAAUAUAACCACCUUUGAACAGUUAUUAUUACAUAGCCUGGAUGAGGUUAAUUACUUACCAUAAGUACAACAUUUUAGCACCCUCUAGAAUAACUAUUUCUACUAUUUGUAUUUUAUGCAUGUAUUCUACUGUGGAUUAACUAAUAAAGGGGUCAAAGACAAAC